AUUCCCAAAGUGGUCCAGGUGGACCCCCAGGGGUCCAUGGAAGACUCGAUGGGGGUUCACGUUGGCGUGACAAAAAAAUGGGGGUUCGCAGUUCGUAAGCUGGGGUCCACGAAAAUUUAUCUGGUUUCGAUAGUGAAGAACUGAAAUGUUGGUUUGAUUUCACCUAUCAACGUAGGCAGAUAAUAUUUUGAGAAGUUCACCGACUGUUACUUGUAAAUCUUUCAUAUUCCAUAUUCAGUACAACGUGUCGAGACUUGAAAAGGGCCGCCGCUGCCGUCUGCAGCGCUUGGUUGGAAAUGCAAAUACGAAAUACGACUUGUGGUGUGCAAGCUUUCAAUCUUGCACGGACUUGUUGGAUUCUUCACUAAUAUAAAUACGAAUGCCAAGAAUCAACGUUACUCAUUUGUUUCCGGAAUUUCGAACAGAAAAGUUAAGUGAAUCGAUUUUAGUGUUUGCCAGUGUCGGAAAAAGUACGUAACUGAUACGCAACAUGGCUGAAUAUAAGAAAAAAUGUCGACGGUACAGUGUUGAUUAUUUAAAAUUUGGUUUUCUUCCAUCAAAGGCAGAUAAGCGAUUGCCCAUAUGCCUUUUAUGCAACAAACUUUUGAGCAAUGACUCUAUGAAACCAUCGAAGCUCGAAGAUCAUCUAAGAAGGUGUCAUCCCGAUAAAGUAGAACGCCUUGAUGAGGAUAUUCAGACAUACGUUCAACAUUUAAUUGCCCUGCAUGAUGACUUUAAAAUCAGAUUUGAAGAUAUCUUGACAAUGGAAAUACCACCAUGGAUCAUAAAUCCAUUUGAUGAAACGGAAGUGGGGAUUGUGAUAUUACAAGAGGAGCUACUUGAACUCAGCACUAAUGAGGAACUGAAGGUUAAAUUUAAAAGAGGAUAUCAAGCAUUUUGUCAGAAAUACCCGAAAAAUAUCCUGGACUGUGGGGAAUUGCGAGAAAGCUUCUGAUAGCCUUUCCCUCGUCAUAUCUUGUCGAAAAAAGCUUCAGUGUCGUCACAAAUCUUUUAACAAAAAAACGGAGCAGA